UUCGCUGAUCUCGGAUUCGAAAGCACAAAUAAAAAUAAAAAAGACUCAAGCUGUGGCAUCUCAAGUUGGAAAUCCCCUACCUUAAAUUUCUUUUGGUUUAAAUACCAGAUUAUUUAUAUUUAUAGUGUAAAUAUUUAAAUGCAACCUAAUAAUUUGAGCAUCAGUGUGUUCACGCUUCCGUUCACAUUAUCUUUUCAAUUAACCCUAUAGAUAGCCCAAAGCAACUUGGCACCCAAAUGUAAUAAAUGUUAGAGGCGAAUUUUGAAUGCACUAUCAAACGAGAUAUUCAGACAUUUGAAAAGAACUGUGGAACAAAGCUUUGCUCAUCUAGGAAAAAUUGGAAAGUGAUAAUAUAUAAAAUAAAUUAUGAAAUUACCAUCCCUUUAUGAUGAAUCAUUUUAGGGAUCGGAAAUUUGUAUGCCAAGGGCGAUAUAACUUUAUUUUUACCUAGGCUGCACCCAAUAUAAUUAUCUGAUUAUUUUGACACUACAUACCUCAUAACUUAUAAUGACUCAUAACAGUUCACCACUUAAAAUCACUUCAAUUCCUUUAUGAUAACAGCUUAUCGCUAUUAACAACAGCCAGUAUGCACCUACAGUUAUCAUUUGCACCCACCCUCAGUGAUUGUAUGUAAAUUGUAUAUAAGUGUUUUCAAACAAAGUUUACGGAAGUUUUUGGUUUACAGUUUCCAUUGUUAAAAUAAAUAUCUUCCAACUUAGAAAAGUGUCUUUCAGAUGGUUUUGUUUUAUCUGCAAGUAUUCAACAAAAAGCUGAAACCAGAACGAUCUGAUAAUAUGCACUUGAAAUAUAAAAAAAAAUACAAGCACAACCAUCGAUUGUUGUUUGUUUGCCCAAUUUGCUAUAUAAGUACCUGCCGAUCGCGGUUGUAGCCAGUUCUCGUUCUCCACUCCAGAGGCUAGCAAUACAUCAGCACUUCCAGCAUGGACUUCUACUAUAUGCCAGGUAGCGGCGGGUGCCGCACGGUCAUCAUGGUGGCCAAGGCCUUGGGCCUGGAGCUGAACAAGAAGCUGGUGAACACCAUGGAGGGCGACCAGCUGAAGCCGGAGUUCGUGAAGCUCAACCCCCAGCACACCAUUCCCACCCUGGUGGACAACGGGUUCUCCGUUUGGGAGUCCCGUGCCAUCGCCGUGUACCUGGUGGAGAAGUACGCCAAGGACGACUCCCUCUUCCCCAAGGAUCCCAAGAAGCAGGCCGUGGUCAACCAGCGCCUGUACUUCGACAUGGGAACCCUGACCGACGCCUUCUCCAAGUACUACUAUCCCUUGUUCCGGACUGGAAAGAAGGGAUCUGAGGAGGACUUUAAGAGGAUCGAGACCGCCUUCGGCUUCCUCGAUACCUUCCUGGAGGGCCAGGAGUACGUCGCUGGCGACCAGCUCACCGUGGCAGACAUUGCCAUCCUGGCCAACGUUUCCACCUUUGAGGUUGUCGAGUUCGACUUCAGCAAGUACUCCAACGUGGUCAGGUGGUAUGCCAACGCCAAGAAGGUGACUCCCGGUUGGGACGAGAACUGGGAGGGCUUGCAGCAGAUGAAGGCCUUCUUUGACCUUACAAGUUCAUUUUUAAACAGCAUUAUUUUCAACAUGAAAAUGAUUUUUGGAUGUUUGCAUUUUUUCUUCUACUACAUGCCAGGCAGCAGUGGGUGCCGCACGGUCAUCAUGGUGGCCAAGGCUCUGGGCGUCGAGCUGAACAAGAAGCUCCUGAACACCAUGGAAGGCGAGCAGUUGAAGCCGGAGUUCGUGAAGCUCAACCCCCAGCACACCAUUCCCACCCUGGUGGACAACGGGUUCUCCGUUUGGGAGUCCCGUGCCAUCGCCGUCUAUCUGAUUGAGCAAUACGCCAAGGACGACUCCCUCCUCCCCAGGUUCCUCGAUACCUUCCUGGAGGGCCAGGACUAUGUGGCCGGCGACCAGCUCACCGUGGCCGACAUCGCCAUCCUGGCCACAGUCUCCACCUUCGACAUUGCCAAGUUCGACUUCAGCAAGUACGCCAAUGUCGCCAGGUGGUAUGCCAAUGCCAAGAAGGUCACUCCCGGGUGGGACGAGAACUGGGAGGGCCUGCUGGCGAUGAAGGCGUUUCUUGAGGCGCGUGAGGCGGCUGAAAAGUAAUUCUCGCUCAGAUGUUUUAUGUAUUUAUGUUAUUUAGUCAAAUAAAUGAACAUUAAGUGAUUGUUAAAACUUAAACCCUUUUUACAAGGGUGGAAAAAAUGUGGGUUCUGGAAUUACCUACGCAAAAUGAUAGUCUCUUUUGAUUGCCUGAAGAAUAACAUAAGUAACAUAAACAAUUCAAUCAGAAGCUUUCAACACUGUGAAUAAAUAUCAAUUUGGAUAAUUA